AAGAAAAUUGAUUGCUAAAAUUUAACACUAUGCGCCAUAAUUACAUUAUAUUGAUAACGCUAUCUUUAUUAGCCUGUACACUGGCUGAAGAAUUUUAUUCUGACAAAUAUGAUUAUGUCAAUAUCGACGAAAUUCUAGAAAACGAUCGUUUACGGGAACAGUACUACAAAUGUUUUAUGGAUACAGAACCCUGCAUAACUCCAGAUUCAAUAUUUUUCAAAGAACAUAUAUCAGAAGCAUUUGCAACAAAAUGUAAAAAAUGCACCGAAAUUCAGAAGAGAAAUAUGGACAAGAUGGCCGAAUGGUAUACCACAAAUCAACCAGACAAAUGGGAUGCUUUAGUGGAAUCUUUGCUAAGAAACGCAAAAAAUAGUGCAAACUGA